AUGGACCCUCGAACAACCUCCUUUCUUCUCUCACUACAACUCGUCAUCUUCUUCAACUCACCCUUUGCUGCUUCCGAGACACUCAACGUCGUCAAUUUCGGAGCCAAACCCGACGCCAAAACAGACUCGUCCAAGGCCUUCCAAGCAGCAUGGGCGCGUGCUUGUACCUCUUGUACGUCCGCAUCCAUUUACGUCCCAAAUGGUAGAUUCUAUCUCCGCCAUGCAACUUUCAAUGGGCCAUGCAGAAGCGACGCCAUCAACAUACACAUCGAUGGCACUCUCGUGGCUCCUUCCGACUUCCAUGUUAAUGCCAACUCUCCAAAUUGGAUCAUUUUUCACCUUGUUAAUGGAGUUUCCAUCUUUGGUGGCACUCUUGAUGGUCAAGGAGCUGGAUUGUGGGCUUGCAAACGUUCUGCCAAAACCUGUCCUCUUGGAGCCACGUCGCUGGAAUUUACCGAUUCGAAAAACAUUUUGAUAAGUGGAUUAACCUCGUUAAAUAGCCAGAUUUUUCACAUAGUAGUGAAUGAAUGCCACAAUGUGAAAAUGGAAGGACUAAAGGUCACCGCUUCGGGUAAUAGUCCCAACACGGAUGGCAUUCACGUAGGGCUAUCAUCUCAUGUCACCAUUCUCAAUUCAGAUAUCAGCACUGGCGACGACUGCAUCUCAAUAGGCCCCGGCACCUCCAACUUGUGGAUUGAGAAUGUUGCUUGUGGACCUGGCCAUGGAAUUAGCAUCGGGAGUUUAGGAAAAGCGUUGAAGGAGGAUGGAGUUCAAAACGUGACAGUAAAAUCUUGUAGAUUUACAAACACUCAAAAUGGAGUGAGAAUAAAAAGUUGGGGAAGGCCAAGCAGUGGGUUUGCAAGAAACAUUCGUUUUCAACAUCUCAAGAUGACCAAUGUCAAGAAUCCCAUCAUAAUCGAUCAAAAUUACUGUCCUUACAAUAAAGAUUGCCCUGGCCAGGCUUCAGGAAUUAAAGUUAGUGAUGUGACAUAUCAAGACAUUCGUGGGACAGCAGCCACUAGAUUCGCCAUGACAUUCGAUUGUAGCCCAAAGUUUCCAUGUGUGGGAAUAAGGUUGGAAGAUGUAAAGCUGAGUUACAAGAAUGGAGCAGCCAAAGCUUUGUGCACUCAUGUUAGAGGAAUAGUUACUGGCUGUUAGUGACAGAUAAAUUUAGUAAAACUUUUGAGAGUAGAGAACUUUGUAUUAUUAAAAAAUGAUGCUAAAUUGUUUUUCUACCUCUUCCACCAAAUGUCAAAAUAUGUAUUUGAGGUAAAUUGGGACAUUCCCGACUACCAUUUAUGAUUUAAAAACCAUACACCUAAUUAAACACAAUUCAUAUAUAUACCCAAUACACUUAACUAAGAACAUGUA